AUCCCUUCCAUAAUGCGCUCCCUUUGGCUGCUGCUCGGCUUGGGGCUCUUGGCCUUGUGCCAGGUCCAGGCCUCCGAGGAGAUCGAUGAUCUAGCCGACCUCGGGGACGAUGACCUCAGCGACAUUGACGAGAACGAAGAGGAGUACCUACGCCUCCUGGAAGAGAAGGCCAAGAUAAAGGACGUGGAGCGUGAGAAUGAAAUCGCCAACAAGCUGGCCAGCGUGCGCCACAACCUCAUCAAUCCCGUGGUCGAGGUUGAUCCCUGCGAGACCAUGCCCUGCGGUGCCGGUCGCAUCUGCCAGAUGAAGGACAACGAGACUCCCGAGUGCGUGUGCAUUCCAGAGUGCCCCGAUGAGCUGGACACCCGUCGCCACGUGUGCACCAAUGCCAACGAGACCUGGUCAUCGGAUUGUGCCGUCUACCAGCAACGCUGCUGGUGCGACAGUGGUGAUGAGCGAUGCACCAACCCCGACAACGCCCACAUGCACAUCGACUACCUUGGAGCCUGCCAUGAGCCACGCGUCUGCACCGAAGAGGACAUGAAGGACUUCCCCCGUCGCAUGCGCGAUUGGCUCUUCAACGUGAUGCGUGAUCUGGCCGAGCGCGACGAGCUGACCGAACACUACAUGCAGAUGGAGCUGGAGGCUGAGACGAACCACUCGCGUCGCUGGUCGAACGCUGCCGUGUGGAAGUGGUGUGACCUCGAUGGCGACACCGAUCGUUCCGUCUCCCGGCACGAGCUCUUCCCCAUCCGGGCACCUUUGGUCAGCCUGGAGCACUGCAUCGCCCCCUUCCUGGAGUCAUGUGACUCAAACAAUGACCAUCGCAUCACCCUUGUGGAGUGGGGUGCCUGCCUGGAGCUGGAUGCCGAUGACCUUAUCGAGCGCUGUGACGAAGUCCAACGUUCCCAGCCACAUCUGUUGGGUUAGUCACCUGCCCAGAGCCACAGAUGGUCUUUAAAUAAGUCUUCAAAUGCCUUAAACUGUAACCACUUGCUUCCUUAAUCCAAAGAUGUCUUCGUUUUGUACGAUUUUAAUACUUUCUUUUAAGUUGAAUGAAAAUAAAUGGUAAUUACUUUCAAAA